AUGAAUAGGAUACUGCAGCCAUUCAUGCAAGACCUGCAUCAACUAGAGGCAGUAAGUAUAUUGUAGCAUACACUUAACUGUCACCUAAAUGUAAGUUCAACCAUAUAAAAAUAAUUAAGUGCACAUUGUCAUUAAUAUUAAUUUAUAAUUUAAUUAAAAAAUAUGUAUUUGUUUUCUUCCUAGGAUAGAGGUGUAACAUUUUGGAUAGAUGAACAAGAAAGAACAUUCAGUGGUUCCAUUGGACCUUAUUCAAGUGACAAUCUUGGGGCACAUUCUCUUGGUGGUUUUCAGGAGAGCUUUUCUGGUCUAAGGAUUUGUAGAAUUUGUAUGGCAACUAGAGAAGACACUAACACAAAGGUAGUAGUAGUAGUGUGCAUGCAUUUUUGGUCAUUAUUCAAUGUGUCAAGUGUAAAAGAUUAUUUACCGGCAUUCUAAAUUUUGUUACAAAUAAGUUUAGACUUUUGAUCAGACCCUGUGUCAAUAGUGUUAAUAUGAGUCUACACUUCAAAGUUCAUGGACUUGAGAUGAAUAUACUAUUAUACAACUCAUAUUGUGAAUGUCACAUUGAUAUUAGUUUACAGAAGCAGAUUUUCAAAUUAGAACAAGAGCAAUCCAUGACAGACAUUGCCGGCUUGUAGAAAAUGAUGCAAAUCUAGAAGCAACUUAUGGGGUAAAAACAAGAAGUGUUCUCAACCAGUCCCGUUACUUCCACAUUACUGAUGGACUUGUUCUUGAUGUCAUGCAUGACCAACUUGAGGGAGUGCUGCCCCUAGAAGUCAAGAUUCUGUUACAGAAGUACAUUCAAGAGGAAAAUUAUUUCACACUUGAAAUUGUGAAUGACAGAUUAGAAAGAUUGUGGUAUCCUCAAUCUGAUGCUAGCAAUAAACCAAGUCCUAUAAAGCCGCAGUCAUUGGCAAACAAUUCAAUGAGGAUUUCACAGUCAGGUUAGGAGAAUGAUGUUUUGCAAUGGUUGAGUUACAUAUUACUAUUAUAUAUUAUGUUAUAUUUUAAAAAGAAAAAGAAAUAUACAAAAAAUAUAUAUAAAAGGCUUUGUUGUAUACUAAAAGUACAUGAUAAUUUCAUAUUCUUUUUCUUUCUUUCACCAGCAGCUCGGAUGUGGUGCCUGGCAAGAAUGUUUCCUAUACUUAUAGGAGACUUGAUUCCACAAAAUGAUGAGCACUGGGAAAACUUUUUGCGACUACUGAAAAUUGAAGAAAUUGUUUUUGCUCCUAAAGCAACACCACAGCUGGCUGCAUAUCUUGGAGUUCUCAUAGAGGAGUACCUAGAGGACUAUGUCAACCUCAAUGACCGGCUUCCAAUCCCAAAACAGCAUUACAUGGUGCAUUACCCAAAUCAAAUUAUCAAGUAUGUCUUUUUAUAUUGAAAUUGUAAGCAUUGUACAUUUUGUACUACUGGGGGUUAGGGGAAGGGUAUUACCACUUUAUCCACCUUUCAUAACUUUACAUACCCUUUCAAUAUAUGUAUUAUUAGCCCACUCAGACUUCAUCAUGCUGAUUAUUUAAGUUUUCUGAAACUUGCAGUGCAGCUUAUACAUGGGUAUAUAAUGCAGUAUUACUUAUAGUUUUAUGUGAUGUUUAAUGAAUGAGCAAUAAUGUCUUAUCAGGUUUAGAAGCAUGAGGUGUAGCCGAGUGUUUUUAGACCUCAUAAUUAUAAGAUUUUGGUUCCACUGGAGCCACCAUACAUGGACUUUCAUACUUCAAUAGAUAUUUGACGUCACAGGCAUGUGCGAGUAGCUCUAAAAGAAACUCCCACAUGCUCAAUAUUCUAUACAUGGCAAUCUGGAAUUUUAGGGGUGUGAUGAGACCUUGAUGAGGCUCUAAGUCUUCAUCUAAACAUGGACAUAUACUUCCUCUCAGAUAAAGUCAUCUGUCUUAGUGUUCUUUAUAUAAAGAAUACUAAUGAAGGUAAUUUUUUUAUAUAAAGGUUCAUCUAAAAGAUGGACUUAAAGGGGACAUUAUCGAGUAUAAAGGUCCAUGCAUGUAAUAUGUAUGGUGUAUCCAGUUGGCCCAAAGGCUUAUGAAUUAUUAAUGAGUUUUUAAUAAUAUCUAGUAAUCUUCCAUUUACAGAAAUGGUCCCCUAGUAAGAAACUGGGCCAUGAGGUUCGAGGCCAAACAUAACUACUUUAAAAAGCUGGUAGACAACAUCAACAAUUUCAAAAAUAUCACCUAUUCCUUGGCUAUGAGGCAUCAAGCCCUUCAGACUUAUCGAAUGCAAAGUUCACAAGGCAACUAUUUGAGAGUGUCUUUGGAAAUUGGACCUGGUAAGGGAGCCAUCAUUAAUUACUGGGGAGGGCCAGUAAAAUUUCUAAACCUUCAUCCCAAGAAAUCUUGUCCUCCCCAAAUCAAAGCCUUGUCCCUCUCCCCUAAAUGCUGGUCCAAAAUUUUUGGCCCUUCCCAAAUCAAAGCCCCUAAACUUACCAGCCCUCCCCAGUAAUUAAUGACCUAAGCAUUAAAUUAAUUUAACCCCAUGUUCAAUGUCAUUGGCUAAAUCAUGAGAGUUUCCUUUAAUAUAUAUAUAUUUUUUAUAUAACUUUUUAGCUGUUGGAAGGGUAACAACUGUUCAAGAAGCAGGAGAGAAGAUGAGCUGCAAGAGGCAGACCCCCAAACUAAAGGCGACAGUUCACUGACACGCACAUCCUGGGUUAAAGUUUAUGGAACCAAAUACGUAAAGGGCGAUGUUAUUGUAAUUGACUACCACCAUGGCUUUCCAAUUUUGGGAAAGAUCCAAAAGGUUUUGGUUGUUGAGAGACACAUAGUUUGGUUUCAGUACCUUAAAAUAAAUGUUACUGAAUUUGUCUGUCAUUUAAAUGCUUUUAAAGUUCAGCAACUGAACGAAAUAAGAUAUAUUAAGCAAUCUGAGCUUCUAGAUUAUUACCCCCUUGGUCUCGUUAAGGGAUUUGGUUGCUAUGCCAACCAAGUCUUCGUGACAUUGAAAUACAGAUUGGAUCUUAUGCAGUAA